AUGCCCUAUUCUAUUCUUCUUAUUGGUGACUCCCUCACUGAAGGUUACUCGCAAUAUGGUCUUGUGUUUCAUCCAUAUGCUCAAACUCUGCAAAAGCUGUUCGAUAAGGCUGGAAUUGAUGUUAUGAUAGAACAAAAGGGUGUCUCGGGUGAGCGUGUCUGUGCCGGUACAAUGCAGCAGCGGUUGCGGGAAAGUUUAACAGCAAGACGAGAAACAGGGAACAAAUUCGAUUGGGUUGUGAUAAUGGCUGGAACUAAUGACUUGGCUUCACCGUCUGCAAACAAGAUCUUCGAGUCUUUGAAAGAGAUGUAUGAUAUUUGCGAAGAAUACAACGCAAAAGUACUCGCAUUGUCUAUCUUGGAAAAUGGAUGGGUGAAUUCAAGUGAACGAAAUAAUAGAUCCCGUUCGCAAAGUAACGCGAUGAUCAAAUCCUACAUUGAGGGCCGUAUGCAAACGCCCGCUUCUUCUUCCAAUCUGUUCUUUUACGAUCUCACCCACGACUUCCCCCUGGCAUCCCUUUCAGAUGAGGACGUACAGAAAUACUGGGAUUACGAUAAACUGCAUCUUACUCCUGCGGGAUAUGAUCGGGUUGGGGAGUUGGUGUUUGGUGCUUUAAAGCCGUUGAUCGUCAAUGAGUUGGAUGAUAGAGUGAAUGAUACUGAGAUGGAGGAUGAGAACAAGGGUGCUAACGAUUAA